GCACUCAGUGUCACGACGGGAGGAGACUCUGGCCGCGCUUGCGUUCCCCCCCUCCCUCGCUCGCCGUGGCGCUCUGAGCCCCCUUUCCAGCGCCCCCAGCUGCGGGGCCGUUCGCCCGGACUCGAACCAAACUUUUCCGCCCUGGGUUUGGGAUCCUGGAUUCUAGGGCCUGCCCGCCCCUUUCCCGGGUUCCACCUCGAGCUCUGGACUUGGAGCUAGCAGCCCCCCUCCCCGCGUCUCUCCCUCCUGUCUUUUUGGGGAGGAGCUCUUCACGCUCCGGAGAGUUCCCGAGGGUCGCCGCGCUAGCGUCUCUGUUUUGCCUUCACCUGGAUAUAAUUUCCUAGAGAAGCUGCCCCCAGGAUGACCACGCUGGCCGGUGCUGUGCCCAGGAUGAUGCGGCCCGGCCCGGGGCAGAACUACCCACGCAGCGGGUUCCCGCUAGAAGUAUCCACUCCCCUCGGCCAGGGCCGAGUCAACCAGCUCGGCGGCGUUUUUAUCAACGGCAGGCCGCUGCCCAACCACAUCCGCCACAAGAUCGUGGAGAUGGCCCACCACGGCAUUCGGCCCUGCGUCAUCUCUCGCCAACUGCGCGUGUCCCACGGCUGCGUCUCUAAGAUUCUGUGCAGGUAUCAAGAAACAGGCUCCAUCCGUCCAGGUGCCAUCGGAGGCAGCAAGCCCAAGCAGGUGACAACGCCUGACGUGGAGAAGAAAAUUGAGGAAUACAAAAGAGAGAACCCGGGCAUGUUCAGCUGGGAAAUCCGGGACAAAUUACUCAAGGACGCGGUCUGUGAUCGAAACACCGUGCCCUCAGUGAGUUCCAUCAGCCGCAUCCUGAGGAGUAAAUUUGGGAAAGGAGAAGAGGAGGAGGCCGACCUGGAGAGGAAGGAGGCUGAAGAAAGCGAGAAAAAGGCUAAGCACAGCAUCGACGGCAUCUUGAGCGAGCGAGCCUCAGCACCUCAAUCAGACGAAGGCUCUGACAUUGACUCCGAACCAGAUUUGCCACUGAAGAGGAAACAGCGCAGGAGCCGGACCACCUUCACGGCAGAGCAGCUGGAAGAGCUGGAGCGUGCUUUCGAGAGAACCCACUACCCUGACAUUUACACCAGGGAGGAACUGGCCCAGAGGGCGAAGCUCACUGAGGCCCGAGUGCAGGUCUGGUUUAGCAAUCGCCGUGCAAGAUGGAGGAAGCAAGCUGGAGCCAAUCAGCUGAUGGCUUUCAACCAUCUCAUUCCGGGGGGAUUCCCUCCCACUGCCAUGCCGACCCUGCCAACAUACCAGCUGUCGGAGACCUCGUACCAGCCCACAGCUAUCCCACAAGCCGUGUCGGAUCCCAGCAGCACCGUUCACAGACCUCAGCCGCUUCCUCCGAGCACCGUACACCAAAGCACUCUUCCUUCGAACCCGGACAGCAGCUCUGCUUACUGCCUCCCCAGCACCAGGCACGGAUUUUCCAGCUAUUCAGACAGCUUUGUGCCUCCGUCGGGGCCCUCCAACCCCAUGAACCCCGCCAUUGGCAAUGGCCUUUCACCUCAGGUAAUGGGACUCCUGACCAACCAUGGCGGGGUACCUCAUCAGCCUCAGACCGAUUAUGCGCUCUCCCCUCUCACUGGGGGCCUGGAACCUACGACCACGGUGUCGGCCAGCUGCAGUCAGAGACUAGACCAUAUGAAGAGCUUGGACAGUCUGCCAACAUCUCAGUCCUACUGUCCACCCACCUAUAGCACCACAGGCUACAGUAUGGACCCUGUCACGGGCUACCAAUAUGGGCAGUACGGACAAAGUGCCUUUCAUUAUCUCAAGCCAGAUAUUGCAUAAACGAACUGUCCACUUGGAGCUAAAACUGGCCCUGCUUCUGGUCUCCACAGCCUAGACGUGAAGAGUCUUCUCAGAAAAAAAAAAAAAAAAUUCAUCCUUUGGGGGAGGUGGAGGCAAAGAGCAGCAAUUGAUUUUCUUUCUGCAAAAGUUGGUUUCAGCUUCUUUUGAACAGGAUGGAUGACCGCAGCGGAGAAGAUAAGGACCUGGAGCCACAAAAGACUCAAGCGACAUUUCAAAACAAUGGCUCAACCUGACUACAGAUCCAAAUAUCCCAACUCUUUAUUGCUGAUGAUCAAGGAGCUCAAACAUUCCAUUCUGUGUGUGUCUGUGUGUUUAUCGGAGACUUAUGGACUGUUUUGAGCAAGCAGAAUGUUCUAAAGUAUAUUCGGAGGAAACUCUAUAACACGUUUGAUGUCGGUGACUUUAAAACUGCUCACUUAUCGAAGCAGGAAAGGAGGAAUCCCUGACUUGUACACACUGGAAAUUAAUCUAAAAAUAAAGGCCACCAUAUUUUAGGAAGCUAGACUAGAUGUAAAGGACCUCCCGAAUAAUAAAUUAUUUGUUAUCCUAUCCUCGUUUAGAAUCUAGUUGUCAAUAAAUGUCCCGGACACGUUUUGCCAACAGGAUGUGAGAUGACAGGAAGAAAAGCUUGUUUUUCUUUUCCGGUGUGGGGAGAGGUGUAUGACAUUUUUCCAAUUCACCUUCAUUUGGAAGCCAACCCGGGCAGGGGGAGGGCCCGGCCAAGUGACGUGCGUCACAUACCUGCUUUUCCGUGUGCAAUACUGUGUACCUCACAGACACUUUGGCCACGGCCAGAGUGAUAGAAAUGAAACCAGAACUAUAUUUUUGCAGGGGCUUUUAUUUUUGCAGCCCGGAAUUCAUUGUGGUAGAAUGCAGUGAUGUUUGCCGUUUGCUGAACAACCCACACCCAGCUUGCUCCUUUUGAUUAGAGACCGUGUCAGAGAAUAGUGCUUUUUAAAAUGAUGACGUUUACAUUCUUCUCUUUUCUAUGAAAGGCAGGGCAAGAGCAGAAAUGUCCACGUGGCUCUCAUGUACUUUUAAAUUAUACAAUGAUAUCCAAUAUUAAAAGAUUAUAGGAACCGAGGUUUACAUACGUUUAUGUGGUGACAUUUUAGAAUGUCAAUAAAAAAUUUUUUUUCUUUUCUUUGAAAUGUUAAGAGGAACAAGAAAGGUGGAAGGCAGUGUUAUUUAUUUCUUUCUAUUCUUGGAAUCAUGAAUGAGGUAGGCACAAAUACAUUCCUUUUAGAGUGAAGAACGGUGACUGUAGUGCAUUUAGUGAGACGACACUAGGCGUAGAACUGAGGUUCGUUCCUGCAUUGGACAAGGGCGAUGGAAUGAGAGAACUAGGAUCUUUGUGUUGCAGCCUCAGCCAACAACAAAGUGUUGUAAAAAUGUCUUUCAUGUAAAAAGUGCAGUAAAUAUUUACUAUUUAUAAUGAAUAAACAGUUAUGAAAACUUA